CAUCAUUAGUUGGUUAUCAUGUUGUCGAUUGCAUUUUAAAGAAAGUUAGUUAAACCGGCUGAACUGGCCUGGCUGAGUCCACACGACUCAAACCGGCUGAAUUGGCCUGGUUAACACGUAAACAAUUAAUGCUGGAAAAUUAGAGAAAUUUUGUUAGUACAAGGAUGAUUUUGUAAAUAAAAGAUAAUAAAGGGGUCAAUUAUAACAUUUAUGAAAAGUAAUGGACACACCGGUCUAACGGGUGCGUCGGUCGGCGAGAAUUACGCUGUAAAAAAAUAAAAACAAAAACUAUAGAAUGAAAAAAAAAAGAGUUGAGGAAUAAUCAUACGAGGGGAAGCGCACCGGAGGAACCAUAGAGUCGAUAAACCCAAAGGUUAGAUGAACGGUGAGUUGACUUCUUUCCGAUUUUGACCCAAUCAUAUCUCGCCACGUCAUAGGCUACUGCAAUCCACACCCUGAACCGGCACCUUCUCUGUCUCUCCCCCAAAUCGAAAACCUAAUUCGAUCGUCGUCUCCGACCUACUUCCGCCGGAAAAUAACUUUUGACCAUGGAUUUCAGGAUUGAUAAUGGUGUAGCUGCUGGGAUGAUGAUGGGGAUUCCUGUUGAGCUUGAGGUUACCACGGUUGAGAAUCAUAAUGAAAUGGGUGAAAGCUCUGGUCAGGCAAUGAUUGAGCAAGAUGAUGACAACCAUAAUGAACUUGGUGAGAAUUCUGGUGAGCAAGAUGAGAAGGUGGAUCCUGAUUCGAUUCCUCUGGCAGUUGCAGAUAUGACAGAGGCUCAAGGGGAUGAGCCUUAUGUUGGCCAGGAGUUUGAAUCUGAAGCAGCGGCUCAUGGUUUUUAUAAUGCGUAUGCUACUAAAGUAGGAUUCGUCAUCCGUGUUAGUAAACUGUCACGGUCAAGGCAUGAUGGAUCUCCCAUAGGCAGGCAACUUGUUUGUAACAAGGAAGGUUACAGGUUGCCUAGCAAACGGGACAAGGUUAUUAGACAAAGAGCGGAAACAAGGGUUGGAUGUAAAGCAAUGAUCUUGAUUAGAAAAGAAAAUUCUGGUAAAUGGGUUAUCACAAAGUUUGUCAAGGAGCAUAAUCACUCUUUGAUGCCUGGCAGAGUUCGAAGGGGUUGCAUUUAUGAUCAAUAUCCGAACGAACACGACAAAAUCCAGGAACUGAUGCAGCAGCUAGCAGCAGAGAAAAAGAGAGCGGCUACUUACAAAAGGCAUCUGGAGAUGCUAUUUGAACAGAUCGAACAGCAUAACGAAAGCCUAUCUAAGAGAAUCCAACACAUAGUAGACAAUGUGAGGAAUCUGGAACAAAGAGAUCAUCAACAGAACCAGCAAGUAUAGUCUUUUGGUCUCUGGUUUUGCCUUGUUGAUUCUUCAGCAGUUUGAUUUAGGAGAUAGAUCUUCUCUUCUUUAUUCCCCAUUUUCUCUCUUUAAUAAAAAAAUUUCUUGUCGAAAACAAAAGAGCUUGCAAUUGCCUUGAAGAGAGUUUUGUUUAUUCAUCUUCUUAUGCCUUGAAGAGAGUUUUGUUCGGAUGAUGCAUAGACAUAGCUUAGUGUACAUGAAAUGAAGGUUUUUACGCUCUAUCAAGAUCUUCUGUAAUAAAAUCGGCAUUCUCCUGCAAAUCUUCCUGCUGGUAAAAUCUAUUUAAGAUCACAAAACAAAGAGUGAAGAAUCAAAUCAGCUUGUUAAUCACCACCUUUCAUCGUCUAAGAUCUUGCACUUGGAUGAAACUGAAAAUCCAAGCUAAUGGAUGGACCACAUAAAUGGCUCUUCGUGUGCCUUCCAUACAUGGAAUCUUACGUAAGUGUUUCUGGAGUGCCGCUUAAAGUUUUAAAUGAUUAUUAUUUCUUGAUUCUUUUGUUGGAAGCCCUGUCUUUUUUUUUUUUGUUUUUUUUUUCUUGGGGUGUAAAGUCCGCAAGAGUGGCAAGACGUGUUAAAUUGUAUUGUAGGGACGAUGUAUUCAUAUGUAGAAAUGUUAAAUGUUAUGCCAGGUGGAGUUUGACGAGGUAGGUAAGGUUACUGGUUUAACAUCUAAGGGAGAGACUGCCAAAUGCAAAUGCCAAAUGUUACAUAGAAGUAGCUCCCUGCAAUAAAAGAGGCUCUAACAACUGCAAGAGCAAUGCAACAUGAAUUGCAAUAUGUGAGUUUCAUGUUACACAGUAUAAUUUGAUAAACUAAAUGAGAUCUUGCACUCGGAUGAAACUGAAUAUCCAAGAAGCGUCAACAAUAGUACCCUUUUGGUUUGCAAUACAUGGAAUCAUCCACCACAGCCUCCACUAGUACCACUUCACGGCAUUCCGACUCCCCAAUAAAAAAUUUCAAGUGUUCCAACUCUUUAGUAGUUCCUCCAUAACCAAGAACACGCAACAGCUUCACUUGGAACGGACGCAUGGUCUCAUCGCCUAAUAUAUAUACUAAAGGAGGGUAUAGAUUACCAGUCAUAUAUGAAUAAAGAAGGGUCGAGACUCCCAUCUUUCUCCCGAUUAUGCUGACUGCUCAUGUAAGUUUUCAAACCCUAACAUCAUCAACUAAUUAGGAAACUAAACUCUUUUUUUUUUGGGGUUCAAGGAAGUUCCAAACGACAAUGUUAUAAAGGAAGACGAUAAUUUCUUGUGAACUAAA